CAAUAUAUUGGAGCUGAAGAGACGUUAUUUCAGAUAAGUCGGACUUGAGAUAAGAGAAGUGUGGAUGACACUGGUUUACUUUAAUUCGUGACAAGAGUAUAACCGAUUUAAUAGAUUAUAGUAUCCUAUUGGAAAGAUUUUCACACUUAAAGAAUAUACAAAUGCAAAAGCAAAACCGAGGAAAAUACUGUCUGCGACUUCAUAGAUCAGCCUGAUACUAGCCAAAAGUUGCACCAAACGCGACAAAUAUUAGAAAGAAAAUAUGCAGGUUCCAGAGCGAUUGGUAUCACUAUAUAUUGCAACUUGCGGACAAAAUGGCCCCGGACUGGGAGCAGAUGAAAAGGAAAUAAUACUGCUGGUGUACGUUGUUUUGGAAGCAAGCAGUGGCAAGAUCAUUGGCACGAAACAGCUUUUGGUGCGACCUGAAGGAGGGUUUGCGAAGGAUAUUACUGUGUCUGGUUCGUCUGCAGCACCUCUAGUCGAUGGCGCGUCAUCACCUCCGCUUGCUUCACAGCAUGCCGAUGUAAUUAACAACAACAAUACCAACAUAUGCAACUCCAACACGAUUGUGAAAAGUAUUUACAACAACCCAAACUCUACUUUACUAAUUAAUAAUAACUCCACGAUCUCCGAUGGAUCGACGCUGAAUAGCACAAAUUUAAAAGCAGCACCUGGCAUUGUGACUCCAACGCUACUUUCCGAAGAAUUACCAAUAGCCGUUGUACAGUCAACAGGGAAACCACUUAAAGAAGCCAUCGACGAGUUCGAUGAGUAUUUACGCUCUCUAACACUAAACACCGACGAUGCCGAUAGUGUGAAAAUUAUCACCGACGGGCAACUUCCGCUGCGCCAAUGCUUGCAUCGAGAGGCAUGUGCCAAAGACAUCCUGCUGCCAAACUACUACAACCGCUUCUGUGAUCUGCGUAAAGAAUUUCUCAAAUAUAAAUCCGGCGAUUUAUCACGAGCUCUGGUCCCCGUAAAGGACAUUAAAAAAAUACUCCAAAUACCGACCGUCUCGCCUCCACAAAGUAUCGGCGAAAUGAUGAAAGAAUUUGACAUUCCCAGCAGUGAAGAACCGGAAUUUUAUGUAAAGGAAUCUCGCGAUAUGGUCUCAGUGAUACAAGUCAUGCUCAAAGGAGGUUAUAAGUUCACAGCAAACGAAGUGGUUGGUCUAGUUCUGGAACCUGGAAUUUGGUAAGCUUAUAAUUUCGAACCCAUAAUUGCCCCUGUUACAAGCUAUUAAUACAUAUAUUUAGUAAUAGUUCCGAUAAAAAUAGAUAAUAGAUGCUUUCCUUAAAAGUGGAGUAAAUUGAACGCAAAUAUUAUGCUUUAUACAGCAUAAUAUAUCGUGCACCUUUUGUUUAAGAUCAACUUUAUUCAUUUUUUCUCUGUUACAAACUAAAAUUUAUUUCCAGCAUUACAGGAAUCAAAGCUUAUAGUUUAGGUUUACAUUAAAUGAUAACAGAAGAUGUUAAGAGAGUGUACAUAAUGUUAAUUAUGUUACAGUAAUGUAAUAAAGAGCGCAUGUUAACUAUUAAGAU